AUGAUCCACCGGGAGGGAGGUGUUUCCAUAAAAGAGGGGCUCAUUGGGCAGAUUAGGAGAUGCUGCUGGACUCCCAAGGAUGGGCUUGACAAGUUUCAUUUUUCAUCCACCUCGUGGAUCGUGGGCAUCGCCCUGGAUGCCGUGACGUUGCCGUACUGCGGGUCCAACGUGAUCGUGCAGUGUUACUGCGACCACAUCGCCAUCACGGCGCCGGGCUGCGAGAACAUGUACAAGGUGUAGAUAGCGGCCUUCAGCCGCAUGUUCAGCCUGCUCUUCCCUCUGGCCUUUGUCGUCUUCUCCUACUUCGUCAUCAUCGUGACCGUGACGAGGAUGUCCGGCGCCAAUGGCCGCAUGAGGACGCUGUCCACAUGCACGCCGCAGCUGCUGGUCACGGGUCUCUACUACCUGCCCAGGUGCUUUGUGUACGUGGCCAACAACGUGGGCUUCACCUUCACCUUCAGCGUGCCCGCUCGUACCAUCAUGGUCAUGAUGUACAGUCUCUGGCCCGCCGCCAUCAACCCGCUCAUCUACUGCUCCAAAACACACGGCAUAAGAUUUUCAUUGCAUGGAGAAGCUGAAGAGGAAAUUCUGUGUUAG